GCUCGAUGCUGUUUGGCCGAAAGGCGCGAACCCGGAAGAGGCUGUGUGGUGAGAGUGGGUGCUCUGUUAUAUUAGUGUGGGCACCGCUGCAGCUGGCUGAGCAGGAGUUGGUAUAUACCGGGCUGCGUGUGCUGGACUCUCUUGCCGCUGUAUGCUGCACCUGCUCUGUGCCAGCAUGUCUCGGGGAUUCACAAGAAGCUCAGACUGGAGAUUUAUGCAGUACGGACAGUAUGGAGGACAUGGGAACGCCGCAGAACACUUCUCUCCAAGCAGUCUGCCCCCUAACCUGUUCUUUGAUGCAGGACAGUAUAGUGCGCCAUCAGCGGAAGAAUCUACGUCUGCGGAGGACGAUUUAGAUUCUCAAGUUUUAUUUGGCUCGUUGAGAGGGAAUGUGGUGGGUCUGCGUUACUAUGCCGGGGUGGUGAACAACAAUGAGAUGGUUGCUCUUCAGCGAGAGCCACACAACCAAUAUGACAGGAACGCAGUGAAGGUGAACAAUGUAAAUGGGGAACAGGUUGGUCACAUCAGGAAAGAACUAGCUGCUGCCUUGGCCCAGAUCAUGGACAGGAAGUUGGCAAAGGUUGAAGGCAUUGUGCCUUAUGGUGCUCGCAAUGAAUUUACUAUGCCUGUUAACCUGAGUUUUUGGGGAAGAGAGGAACACAAGCAGUCUGUAUUAGACCACAUGCAGAAAUAUGGUUUUAAGCUUGGACCCCUUCCAAAAAGCUCCCUUGGCUUUGGUUCAAACUUACAGUCACAGAGUGCUGGAUCCAGUUACAGGGCUCCAGUGCAAAUGACCACUGAACAGUUGAAGACCGAAUUUGAUAAAUUAUUUGAAGAUCUUAAAGAAGAUGACAAAACACAAGAGUUAGAACCUGCAGCGGCUGUGGGAACCCUGUUGCUGCUUCAUCAGAAGCAGGCACUGGCAUGGAUGGUUUCACGUGAGAACAGUAAUGAGCUGCCACCAUUUUGGGAAGAGAGGAAUAACCUUUACUACAACACACUUACAAAUUUUGCAGAGAAAGAGAAGCCAGAAACAGUCAGAGGAGGGAUUCUAGCAGAUGACAUGGGCCUGGGGAAAACUCUUUCCGUUAUUGCUUUAAUUUUGACUAACUUUCAUGAUGGGAAACCUUUUCCAACUGUGCAAGUCAAAAAGGACACGAUAGAGCAGAACACUGCUUUAGCUGAAACAUCCCUGCCAAGUGAUUUAAUUAAAUUCUCAAGCAGCAAACAGUCACAAAGACAAACCAAAGAAAGAAGUGAAAUUGCUGAUAGCAGUCAAAGAGGUACACGAACUCUCCCUAAAAGGCAGAAAGCCAGAAAGGCCAAGUAUAUUUUCAGUGAUUCUGAAGAGGAGGAGGAGUGGCUCCCACGGAAAAUAAAAGGUUCUCCUGCAUGCAGUCUUGUUGAUGAUGAUCAGUUUGCUAUGGCUCUUUCUGGUACAUCUGGUGGGAAGAAAAAAUCUAAGAAGAAAGGAACUGGUAAAACUGCUCUUCCAAAUUGUGACCUGGGUGAUCGUCCAAGAACAACUCUGAUCAUAUGUCCUCUGUCCGUCCUGAGCAACUGGAUUGAUCAGUUUGAGCAGCAUGUUAAAGCCGAUGUGGAUUUGAGUAUCUAUGUGUACUAUGGGCCUGAGCGCAGCAAAGAUCCAGACGUUCUCUCUCGGCAGGAUGUUGUGCUCACUACUUACAGUGUAGUAACUCAUGAUUAUGGAAGUGAGAGUCCGAUGCACAGAAUAAAAUGGCUUAGAGUGGUGUUGGAUGAAGGGCAUACUAUCCGAAAUCCGAAUGCACAACAGACAAAAGCUGUUCAUAGCCUUGAUGCAGAAAGAAGAUGGGUGCUGACGGGUACCCCAAUUCAGAACUCCCUUAAGGAUCUGUGGUCCAUUCUGUCUUUCCUGAAACUGAAACCAUUCACAGACAGAGAGUGGUGGAAUCGUACAAUUCAGAGACCAGUCACCAUGGGCGAUCAGGGAGGACUGCGCCGAUUGCAAGCACUUAUUAAAAAUGUCACUCUGAGGAGGACAAAAACAUCCAGAGUGAAAGGGAAACCUGUGCUGGAAUUACCGGAGCGUAAAGUUUAUGUCCAACACAUAGAGCUUUCUGCAGAAGAAAGACAGAUCUAUGAAUCUAUGAAGAAUGAAGGAAAAGCGGUUAUUGGCAGGUACUUUAAUGAAGGAACAGUGCUAACACAUUAUGCAGAUGUACUUGCUGUGCUGAUGAGAUUGAGGCAACUGUGUUGUCAUCCCCAUCUUGUUUCAAGCAGAGUGUCUUCCAGUUCUCUCACAGCAAGCUCAACUCCAGAAGACUUGCGCGAGAAGCUUGUAAACAACAUAAAGCAGGUUGUGAGCUCUGGCUCCGAUGUAGAAUGUGCUAUCUGUCUGGACUCUCUGAACAUGCCAGUGAUAACCCGCUGUGCUCAUGUCUAUUGUAAGCCAUGCAUUUGUCAGGUCAUUCACAUUGAGCAUCCAAAUGCCAAGUGCCCUCUGUGCAGAGGUGAGCUACGCCUGGAACACUUGCUGGAUUGCCCUGAGGAAGACUCGAACUCUAGUGAGAAUCAAAAAACAGAUGGAAAGUGGCUGUCCAGUUCCAAAAUAAACGCUCUAAUGCAUGCAUUAACAGAACAGAGUAAUAAAGACCCUUGCGUUAAAAGUAUCAUCGUGUCACAGUUCACCACAUUCUUAUCAAUGAUAGAAACCGCUCUUGGAGCGUCUGGCUUCACGUUUACACGCUUGGACGGCUCGAUGACACAGAAAAAGCGAACAGAAGCAAUUCAGUCUUUCCAGAGCAGUCAUAUUAGCUCUCCAGCCAUUAUGCUGCUGUCACUGAAAGCUGGUGGUGUUGGCUUGAACCUGACUGCAGCAUCUCGUGUGUUUUUAAUGGAUCCUGCCUGGAAUCCAGCCGCUGAAGAGCAAUGCUUUGAUCGCUGUCAUAGACUGGGACAGACCAAGGAAGUGAUCAUCACCAAGUUUGUUGUGAAAGAUUCAGUUGAAGAAAAUAUGCUCAAAAUUCAGAGCAAUAAGCGAGAGCUCGCCGCUGGAGCGUUUGGGGCAAACAAGCCAAGUUCUAACGAAAUUAAACAAGCACGGAUCAAUGACAUAAAGACACUUGUUGAUUUCUAAAAGAUUGCUGCAUGUUUUAUAUUGUUCCGUCAAACAUUUUAGUUCAUGUGUAAUAUUCAGUAUUAAACCGCUGUAGUGGUAUUUUGUACAACAGCUAUGUAACUGGACUGAUACAGUACUUUGCGUUCAUUGCCGUCAAGUAAGUUCUCAAGCCCGAUACUCCGGUACAGAGUAAAUCCCCUCCUGACCAGGAAACGACCAUCGUUCUCUGAGCAGAUGUUGCAGCUGUAGUAUAGUUGGCACUGCUGCUACAAAGGGGUUAUAUUUUACUGUCAUUUUUCUUUUUAUAUUGAUGAGGUCAAAAUGUUACACACGAUACAUCUAUUUGUGUUAUAAAUCGUAGAAUUAAUUCAGUCAGAGCCUUUGUGGCAACUGUCAGCUAAAGUGAGCAAUAUAGUGGUUCAGAUAGCAUGAUUCACAUGUAUUUCUGUUGUAUCUCUUUUCCAUUGAUGGUUUAUGCCUGUAUACUUGUAAGGGUCAGCAGUGGAAAGGUGUUUCUUUUUUUUUUUUUUUUAAUAAAUCCCUACAUUGUCCAUA